UAUGACUAAAUUACCUAGUGACAUUCGUCUACAAAUUGCCCGAAAAUCGUCGGGAGACGUUUGGAAAAUUGAUGAGUUGUUGGAUACAAUAAAAACUGAGAUCGAGGCUCGGGAGUUAAGUGAAGGAGUGCAAUCAAGUCCACAGCCACAGCAUGGAAAAAGUUCAGGAGGUCAGCACGAAACACCCAGAAUACCUACGGUGAACGCCUUUUCGACUCAAAAUACUUCAGCUACCGGUGAUGACAUGGCGUUCUUCUUCAAGUCAGAAAAUGAAGUAGACAUUUUUAUGUUGGGGAAAUUGAUUGUUGAUCAUGGUGGUGAAGCUUUGAGAAUAACUUUGAGAAAACAAAUGUCAGGUACUGAAUUAUUCUUUUUCUUGAAUACCACUAAAAAUAGAAAUAAGCUUUUGAGAAUAAAGAAGAAAAUAAUCAGGCACGAUGCAUGGAUUCUUUUGUAUCCAGAUCCUCCAAGACUACCUGAUGAAAAUGAUUUUGACAUUACUCUACUUUGUGUCCUUUUGCGCACUAUUUGCAAUUUAAAACAACCGAAUAAUCCUAUCUGGACAAACAAACCUAAUGCCACUGAUCAUUCAACCGAAGCCGAUAUUACCCGUAUCAGGUUAUAUCGUAAUGAGUGUUAUGCUCACAUACCUAACACAUCAUUUAGCUUAGGUGACUUUGAGACUUUGUGGAAGGAAAUUUGCCAACCAAUAGUUCGUUUAGGAAUAAGUCAGCAAAAAAUAGAUCAAUUAAACCAGGAAAGAACUCAGUCGAUCAAACGUAUAAUUCGUGGGUCUGUGCGAAAGGGAAGCGCCGGUUUUGUAUUUGGUACCGAUAUUUUGACCAAAAACCUUGUAAGUUGUACUUUUGAGAGUGACAUUAGUAAUCAAUAUAAAACAUUUUUACAUGGAACACGGGAAUGGGUUUUUGAUGAGUUUUUGGCUUGGUUUGAAGACAAUACUUCUCAAAAUCGUGCAUUUGUUAUUUCUGCUGUUGCUGGAAUGGCACAACAACAGUCGUUACAAUAAAGCCAAUGUACUUCUUCAA